AUGUCCGGUACGUCGAUGGCCGUGCCUAUGGUGGCGGGAGGAGCCGCUCUGAUGCUCGUGGCCAGGCCGCUCGCCACAGCAGCUCAGAUCAAGGCCUCGAUCCUCAACACUGUUGAGAGUGUGGCUGGUUUGCAAGGGAAGUGCGUCACUGGUGGUCGGCUGGAUGUAGCUGCCGCACUCAGUGAUAUCACCACCUGUGAGCAAGCCGCUUACGACGCCUGUGCCGCUCUGGACAACGGAAGCUGGUGCCAAUUCGGAGUAACUGUAUCGACGUGUCAAGGAGCCUUCUCCCUUCAGUGCCCUUGUGGGCAGAACCGUCGGGCCCUCGGCUACCCUGAGCGUGAAGCCGAUCUGCAUGUUUAA